AUAUAUAUUUAAUAUCCACGAGAAAAUUUGUGAUAACAGUUUAAGUUUUUGUUAUUGAUAACUUGGGUUUCGUUACAACGAAAUGUACAGGAAUACCACAAACUACGGUCAGCCACGACAACAGACCUGGUCUGCAGCGCCACCUUCAAUGCAAACUGUAUAUAACUAUCUCUGGGGCCGGUACAGGGCUCCAUCUGGCAACCCUCAUGACGCAAAUUCUCCAUAUAAAAGGACUAGACCACAAAGUCCGUCCCAAGCACAGAGGCCUGGUGGCUACCCAUACCCAACUGACCCCCAGGGACAUACAAGAUAUGGACUAGCUGCCACAACACCUGGUUAUCCCAUGUACAGAGAGACAUACCCAAAUAGAGAAGCAGAUUUUUACACGGCCAGACGUCGACCACAGUUACUCACAGAUUUCCAUGGUCAUGCAGCUAACAUAGACAGAUACAGAAGUGGAGAAUCUUUUCAACCUUACAGACAGGAAGCUAUGGGUAAUCUACAGCCUGCAGGUCCCGGGGAGCCUGGACCUAGUACCAGCCAGGUCCAACAGACCCCACCAAAAAGACCAAGGUUACAAGUGGAUAGAGAUUUACAACCUCUUCAUAUUGAGGUGAAAAAGGAACAGACCUUAUACAACCCACAAGUUGAGGCGAUUUCUCCGACACCUGAUGAGAGCAGUAGUCGUACUACUAAAGAUGAACUGCUACAAGCCAUCAGUAAAACUGAUAGAGAGAUCAGUAAACAUGAACAACAAAUACAAAAGUUACAGAAAAAACAUAGACAGCUUGAACAGGAAACAUCCAAGCCACCAGUCGACAAAACAGAAACACCACAGAAUAACACUGAGGUCAAACACCAAAGUUUAGCUCAAAUUAUUUAUGCUGAAAAUAGGAAAAAGGCUGAGGAAGCACACAACAUGUUAGCCACACUUGGUCCUAAAAUAGAACUGCCUCUUUACAACCAGCCAUCAGAUACACAGGUCUAUAAAGACAAUAUAGCAAACCAUCAAGUCUUCAAGAAGAGAUUAGUUUUACAUUUAAAGAAGAGAAACCAGGCCAGGCGUAUCAGGGAGAGAUAUUUAACAGAGAGAUAUGAUCAGCUGAUGCAGGUCUGGAUCAAGAAGAUAGAAAGAAUAGAAAACCAUGCAAAGAGGAGAGCCAAGGAUGCCAGAAUGAGAGAAUUCUUUGAGAAAUGUUUCCCUGAAAUCAAGAAAUCAAGAGAAGACAAAGAGAGAAUUUCAAGGGCUGGCACUCGUAGUGGUAAUGUAGCAGGUUAUGCCAGGAGUGAAGCUGAAUUAGAACAAAUCAUGGAUGGUCUUCAUGAACAGGAGGAGGAAGAUAGAAAAAUGAGAAGUUUAGCAGUAAUACCCCCCAUGAUGUUAGAUGCUAGACAGCGGUCACUACGUUACUACAACAACAAUGGACUUGUAGAGGACCCAAUGUCAGAGUGGAAGGACAGGAAGUUAAUCAAUAUAUGGACCCCAGAAGAGAAACGCAUCUUUAAAGAAAGAUAUUUACAGCAUCCUAAAAACUUCCCUGCAAUAGCUUCAUACCUAGAAAAAAAGAGUGUAUCCAACUGCAUUGAAUUCUAUUACCAAACUAAAAAGGAUGAAAAUUAUAAAACACUGAUAAGGAAACAAACGGCAAUCAAAAGGAAAAAAGCAUUUUCUAAACCCAACAGUUCGGCCAUGAGACAAGAGGAACAACAGAUAAAGGAAGAGAAAAUAGAUGACGCUGGACAACAGGAAGAAGGUGUUCCUGCUUCAUCAACAGAGGUUCCCAUGGAGAUGGCGGGAGAUGUUUUGAAGGAAGAAAAGACAGAGGAUACUUCAGAUGAUAAUGAGGCUGUACUCGUACAGGCUGGGGAAGGAGAUGGUGGUCCACAUCAGUGUGUUGUAUGUAAGAUGCAGUUAGAGAACUAUAGUUACAGUAGGGCCCUGACCAAAGGUAACUGUGAACUGUAUGGUAUGAGUGAGAGUGAUCUAAAGCCUGACAUGAGGGUCUGUAGUAGCUGUCGGUGUAAAUCUGUCAGAAGAAGAUAUACUCCGUGCCCAAUUCCAACCUGCAAGACACCAAAACGUAAAGUGAAAAGAUUACGUCCCUUUCCAUCUAAAUGGCUGGAAAUGCCACCAGAAAUCAGAGAUCCAAUAGUUGCUGAAUUACAAUUAACAGAAGAAGUGAACAAAUGUUGUUCAGCCUGCUUUAAUAGAAUUAGUAGAAAGUUGAACCCUCAGAUUACAGAACCAACAGAGCCUGCAGCUCCUGAGAGUACAGAAGGCAUUAUCGUUUUAGGUGAUGCUGCUGAAUCAUCAAGAUGGACAGAAGAAGAUAUGGAAAAAGCAAAAAAAGGUCUAAGAGAACAUGGACGUGAUUGGGCUGCCAUUGCUAUUGUUGUUGGUACUAAGUCAGAGGCACAAUGUAAAAACUUUUAUUUCAACUAUAAGAAAAAGUUCAACCUGGAAGCCAUACUGCAAGAGAGGACUAAGGAAGAAGAUAAUAGAACAGUUUCUAUUUGUGAGAGUAUAGCCUCCACAGUUACUGCCCCUGAUAUAGAUGAUGAACCACCGUCCAGUAUGGACGAGGAUGAUGAUGCUGAUUCAGACACAACAAGUGCACCUAGUCCAUCAUCACUCAGGAUUGAAGAUGAUCCCAAGCCUGAAGAAAAAAUGGACACAACAGAAACACCAUUGGAGCAUCAAGAAACACAACCGUUUGGUUUACCACAGAAUAACUUGACAGCCAACAAACCUCUCAGUGCAUCCCAGGGAAGUCUACGCAGUGUUGACAAUGACAGCAGCGCCACCUUGAGUGCAGAUGAAGCACCACAGUCUAGUGAGGCCCGUGAUACGUUCAGCCCACGUGUGUCGGGGAUACCAGCUGGUCGGGCUAACAUGCAUCCAGUACAGGGUCCAACAGUUACAAGCAGUAUGUCAUCUGGACCAGCAUCAACAAGUCCAAUUGUGUCUAGCUCUCCAUUCCCACAGACUCCCCAAGGUUAUCCUUUACCUGGCCCUACAAUGGAGGCUAGUGCUACCAGCAGUCGCAGUGGUACUCCUGGAUCUAUAGGACAAGGGAGACCAGGGUCUGUACAUGCCUUACAGAGCCCAGGGAGUCAGAUGAGGCCUGGGUCUGCUCAGUCUGUUCACAGUCCUGCCCAACCACAUGGUAGGAGCCCUGGUGUAGCUGAAGCUGAAAGAAUGUCAAGGCCACCUAGUCAGGAAAUCCCUGUUAUAAAAGAAUCUCCUUCACCUAUUGGAAGUCAAGUUAAACCACAGGAGUUUGGCCAACCCAAAGGUAUGCAACAUCUGUAUGAUCUACUGAACAAAGCCAGCCGAGAGCAGAGCUCACCACACAGACCAGCCAGUGCACAGUCGGAUUCAGGUCUUAUGCCCUAUGGUAUAAUCAGUGGUCGUCGAAGUCUGUCACCUAAUGUGCAUGCUCAAAACAUGGCACAGCAACAAAACAUGAUAAAUGGAGGGAAGAUGGGUAAACCUGCUUGUGUACGAGACCUCAUACAUUCCGCCAUAGAAAGAAAUCUUGGCCAGACCAGCGAUUCUAAGCCUGAACAAAGACCACAAAUGCAAGAAAGAAUGGUGGAUAAAAGACCAGCAUCAACUGAGCCAGCAUAUCACAGAGGUCAACAAUCAAUGCAUAGUCCUCUUGGUGCCUAUCACCAGAAUCUUCAUAAAGACAAACAUGAUAUGUCUCCAUAUCAGCAGCCUCGUCACACAGCCUCUCCAUAUGCUAAUAUACCUCAACAAAGAGUGCCAGAGAGGGAUCCAGCUGACAGACGUGAUAUGCCACAGGAUUUGUCACACACAGGAUAUAGGGGUGACCCACGUGACUUUACACGUCCACAACAACAGCCUGUUAUUGAUUAUAGACGACCUGAACCUGAGGUUGUUCAACGGGUUCAGCAACAAGGAGCACCUCCACCUGCCCAUCAAGCUCACCAACGUCCAGUAUCUUAUCGAGAACAGCAGCGAGAUCAGUUGGUACGCCCUCCGUCUGAAGGUCUAGGACAUAAAUCUCCAUCGGCAUAUCAGUCAGAACGUCAUUCUCCAGCUGUCUCUAGGAGAAUGUCACCCGGGGCAUCACCAUAUCCGCAAAUGCCCAACACUCCAGAAAUGCUACGCAGAGCACAACAACAGCAAAGUAUAGGUCAUCCACCUCCUUUGGUUGGUAAAGGUCCCGCCAUGCAGAUGACAAAAUCUCCUCCAGUGAGUGGACAUCCACAGCAGAUGAUGACACAGGGCCAUGGGUCCAUAACACAAGGAACACCUUUAAGACCUAUAGGGCAUGGACAGCAACACCCUCAAAAUCUACCACCUAGAGAAAUGAUGGCACAAACACAAGUUAGAAUGGCAGGUGGCUCUAUUACAAGUGGCACCCCUGUGAAUCGUGAGGGAGGAGGAAAUAGGAUGCCAGAACCUGGUGUCCGUGUAUCACAAUCAGGAAAUAUUAUCUUUGAUCCCCGUGGAUAUGACCCCAGACACAUGGAACAGAUGAGAGUUUACCCUGGAGGUUAUCCCUAUCAGGCAUUAGAUCCAGCCAGCAGUAGUUCAAGACAAAUAAUGAUGAAUGAUUUUCAAACAGCACGUCAGAUGCAGCGUCUACCAGAGGAAAGAGAACAACAGAUAUCACCACGAGCUAAGGAGCCCAUGCCACCUCAACAGAAACCUUACCCUGGUCAAAUGUUACAUCAAUUCCAGGCCGCCCAACAAGGCAUGAUGUAUCUGCCUCAAGGGCAGGUACCAACAUCUGAUAAAGGUCAACCAAGUCCACAUCAUAUGGGUCGUGGUGGACCUCAGCAGGAGGAAAAGCUGUCACCAGCAGGAUGGAAUUUGAGUAAAGCUCCUGUUGGUAACCCAAAUGUAAUGAGGAGUAUAACUCAAGGUACUGGAAAGCCUAGACCAUCAGUCAUAGCAGAGAGAAAGCAGGAAUCGUACCCUGCAGAUAGUUCAUCGCAACCUAGAUCACAACCAGUAUCACCAAGACAAUAUCCUGAUGGUCAUCCAUAUCAACAACAGGGCAUGCCUAGACCUAGAGAUCCAAACAUGAUGAACCCUGAAUAUCGUCAGAUUAUGGAAAACAGAGAACGUUUAGAGCGCAUAGAGGCAGAAAAGAGGAGAAUAGCAGUGCUAGAGGAAAGGGAACGGGAAAGACAAGCUAAACUUAUGAUGGAAGAGAAGAUGAGAAAGGAAAACCAGGCUAGACAUGAAGCUAAGGAAGAGAGCGCCAUGUCUAGUGCUAAACCUGGAAGUCCAUGGAGCUCUUCCAAUAGGGCAUCACCUGCUUAUAACAAAAAUCAAAUCAAAGAAGCUACAGAUAUACUAAAAGUUUUCAGGCAAGAUGCUUCUCCGCCAUCAGCCUCUGGUCCAAUGUCCCGACAUCAAGGUCUGACUGCAGCGAAUCUCAUUGACGCCAUUAUUGUUCAUCAAAUUAAUCAAGUAGAUGAGAAUAGUAAUAGUAGUAGAGAUACUUCUAGUAGAGCUGCUGCUGAUACAGAACGUAAAAAGAUGGAGACACCACCUACUGUUCCACCCUCCUCACACAUGGAACAGCCAGGAUUACAAAAAUCACCACUGCAAGUUCACGGUAAGAAGAAAUGGAUUCAAGAACACCCCCAGUCAAUGACGACUACACCUCAACGACAAACCCAACCUAAACCUAUCCCAUCUUCUGCAGAACCUCCAAAGCAUGGUACACCAUCUAGUGGUGCUGGUGGUGGUGCUGGGGCUGCUGGUACUGGACCUUUUGAACCUGUGGCCCGACCUAUUUCAUCAGCCAAAACUCUUGGUGAACACAUCAAUUCUAUUAUUCUUAUGGAUUACAACACAGAUAAGCCUAUACCACCUAAAGAUAAUGUACUUAGUCGGAUCAAUGGACCAACCAAUUUACCAGUGACACCUCCAAAUGUUCAUGUGGACACGACAUCUAAUAUCCCUAGCGCCCCUCAAACAUCAUCACAAAUGGCCGACUCAUCAGAAUCACCACGACCUCGUUCAUUUACUACUCCACAUCAGAUGAGGUGGAAGAAAGGACAUAUUCCACAGGAGGGUGAACACAGUAGUGAUGGCAUGCCACAGAAAGAAUUAGAUGUGGAUAGGAAACGACCUGACCAAUCACAUUCUCCCAGAGUUCCUCUGGAUACAUCUGUUGGGAGUGUUGAAAGCAACAGUGAAGCCCAGUCAACAAAAAUAUCUCCUCCACGAUCUCCAAGGUCAAGGGCGUCUUCAAUGCAUGUGACCUCAUCAGUAGCUGCUAGUCAUCAACACAUCUCUAAUUUACUUGCCAAACCUAAACAAGAAGAAAGAUCAAAUGUUGGGUCACCUCAUUCUUCAGAGUGCUCCAAUGUGUCUUCAGAUAUAUCUACACUAGACUAUGUUAAAAACAAAAUUGCCGAGGUUUUGAGUGAGGAUAAUACACAAGAUAAAUCACCCAAACAAAAUCUUCAGCAACAACAACAACAGCCAUCUUUAAUGCCAGGUCAACAGCAGCGACCUCCAUCUGCCAACAUGCCAAUGCAUCAACGUAAUCAACCAGGUCAAAAAUUGCCAGUGCCGCAUGGACUACAAGUACAUCCUCACAUGUCAACAUCACGAUCUCAUUCACCAAUGGCUGCUCAGCCGAUACAGCAGCAACCAGAGUCAUCACAGUACAGACAGAGAGAAAUGGUUCAGUCUCAUCCAACAAGUACUUCUCAGCCAUCUGAGAGUUAUCAUCAGGAAGGAGAAUUCAGGCAGCAGGUUGGUUCUUCCUCAUUCAAUGAGGGUGCAGAAAGUUCAACCAAUCCUGCAUCUUAUCACACUGGCAAGAAAAGGUUUUUGGGCAGAUCUAGAGCUCGCCCAGAACAGGAGGAGACCAUGGGCAAGACACAAAAUGUUAGUGUGCCAAGGGAACAUCAAAAAGUGACACAAUCAACUAUAUCUGAAAUUCAAAAAGCUUCAAGUUCUGAGAAGAAAGGUCCAAGAUCUGAAUAUGAUUUUCCUGAUAGUCCAGAUGAUGAUAGGCCUAUAGUUAAAGGUGGUUAUAAAGGACUUUCUGGUAGCACAAGAAGCCCAAGCACUAGGAGUCCAAGACGUGGUGUUGUUGAUAGCUCAGAUAAUAGUCGUGGUUCUCAUUCAGAACAGGCAAGAUCAAAUGAAAGUCAGAUACAAAGUUCUAGUGAUGUAACAGCUGACAGAAGUGAUUCACAUGUUGGUAGUUCUCACAUUAGUGCUGAUCAGAGUUCAAUGGAUGGCAGAUUCUCUCGUAAAUCUUCCAAACAUGAUGGUAUGGAAGUUGAGGAGAGUUCUAAUAUAUCCCACCCAAGUGUUGACAGUACUCACUCUGAUAGGAUGGUUAUUGAAGAAUCGGGCACCAUUGACAGUUCAUCAAAUAUUUCUUCACCAAGACCCGACCGACCUAAGUCUUCAAGGUCAUCUCGUGACAGUGACAACAGCCCUAGGAGUAGCUCAGACAUCCAUGACAAUGUAGACCGUGUUUCACAAAGCCGGACCCCAGACAGUGGCAUACUUCCUAUGUCUUAUGGACGAUCGAGGAGUCCACGUGGGGCUCCAGAAUCAUCACAUUUCAAUGCACCUGAUCAAGGAAGUCGACCACAUUCAAGUUCAGAUGUCAGUGGUAACAAUCAACCAGUGAGCUCAUCACAAAUGAGUAUGUCUUAUGGAACAGGAAACCAGGUUGUAUCCAGUAUGUCACAUGAGUCGGAAAGAUCAUACUGGACCCAGGAACAAGCUCCAUUAUUGUUGGCAAAAUAUGAGACUUUAUCUGAUGAUGAUGAAUAACUGUCGUCUGCAAUGUCAAGGGCCCUGAUAAUGUAUUUACUCUGUCUUGGUAUUGUCUUUUUAUUUAAAUUUGGGAAAGUAUUUUUAAAAAAAUAUUGAUAGAUUCCUGGUGAAAGCAAUGUUUUAUAUCAGUAUUUUCAUUACUCACUAAAGUAUGUAAUCACAUUUUAUUGAAUUCAGUUGUAUACAAAAGUAAAAUAAAAACCUUCACUCAAAAUUACAGACAAAAAUUUUGGGUAAUAGACAAUUUUUCCACCAAAUUUUCAAAAGAAUUUUCAGUACUUAAUUCAUGUUAAAAAAAUGCAGUUUAAUUGAUUCUUCUUUCUAUUUAUAAUGAUUGUUUCUCUCUUGACUGUCAUUUUCAGUUUUACAGUUCUUUUCUUAAUGCAAAAUUUCACCUUUUUUGGCAGUUCAAAGCAUAUUGGUUAAUACAUUAAACUUCUUUGAAAAUUAUUUAUAGUAUCAAACCAGAGAUCAAAGAGCUGUGCUUCUAGAUCAAAAGGGAUGUAUAUUAUUUUGGCUUGUACAAUUAUCAUUUUUUAGUUAAAUGAUAUUUUAUUGCUUGCAUUCAUAUUUUUGUUUUGUUUUAUGUUUGUUUUAACAAUGAGAUUUUAACUUAUUUAAGACAGUAGUUUUUUAGACAACACAUUUGUUUUCAUUUAAAAUUACACUUACUCCUAAAGGAAGAACAAUUUAUUGAGAGUUAAUGGGUUUGUAAAACCAUAGCUUUUUU